AUGCCAGUAGAAAAUAACAGUGUAAUAUCUGAAUUUAUCUUCCUGGCAUUUGCUGCUUGGCCAGAAGUGAAGAUUUCUGUUUUCAUGUUGCUGCUGGUGCUAAUCUAUGCUGCCACGGUGGCAAGUAAUCUUGGUUUGGUUGUACUGAUCAGAACAGACCCUCAGCUUCAUACUCCAAUGUAUUUUUUCCUCAGUAACCUGGCUUUCUUGGAUUUCUGUUACUCUUCCAACAUCAUCCCCAAAAUUUUGGAGAAUUUCCUGUCAGAAAGGAAAACCAUUUCCUUCCUGGGAUGUAUCACCCAAAUGUUUUUCUUUGUUGCUCUGGCAGGUACAGAGUGCCUCCUUUUGGGGCUGAUGGCAUACGACCGUUAUGUGGCCAUCUGCAGUCCUUUGCUGUACACCUGCAUCAUGUCCCAGAGCCGAUGUGUCAAGAUGGCAGGUGCAGCAUUCACAGCUGGCUUCUUGAACUCAUUGAUAAAUACUAUUUUGAUAGGCAAUUUGUCUUUUUGCCGGUCCAAUGAAAUCAACCAUUUCUUCUGUGAGAUUCCCUCACUCCUCAAGCUUUCGUGUUCAGACACAUCUCUUGCUGAAACAUCAACAUUCAUCUGUGCUGGAGUUGUUAUUUUGGGGCCUCUCCUCAUAAUACUGUGUUCCUAUGCAUACAUCCUUUCUUCAGUGCUCAAGAUCCAUGUAGGAGGGCAAAGGAAAGCCUUCUCCACUUGCUUCUCCCACUUGACCACCGUGGCCAUGUUUUAUGGAACUGGCCUGUUUGUCUAUGUGCAACCCAGAUCAAACUAUUCAGAUGGCCAGCACAGAACUGUGUCUCUGUUUUAUGCAUUUGGCAUCCCACUGCUUAACCCCUUAAUUUACAGCCUGAGGAACAAGGAGGUGAAGGAUGCAUUAAAGAGAGCAGUGGCGAGGAAGAAGUCUUCCCAUUUAGUGUAA